AUGAGUAGUAGUAUAGAUACCCUAUCUUCGUAUUUAGAUAAUGAGCAGAAAACUAUUACUAGAGCGCAUUGUCGUAAUGCAAAUGAAUUCCAUUUGUUAACUCGAAAGGGAGUGUUUCCAUAUGAUUACGUUGAUUCGUGGGAGAAAUUAAAUGAGACGGCGUUACCAUCUCGAGAUGCAUUUUUUAGUCAAUUAAAAAAUGAAGCUGUGAGCGAAGCGGACUAUGAACAUGCGAAUAACAUUUGGAGCACGUUCGAAAUUAAAACCUUAGGUCAAUAUUCUGAUCUCUAUUUGAUGACGGACGUUCUCCUUUUGGCAGAUAUCUUUGAAAAUUUUAGGGAUACUUGUUUGCGCACCUAUCGCUUAGAUCCGUUACAUUAUUACACCGCCCCGGGUUUGGCAUUUGACGCAAUGCUUAAAGUCACCGACGUUAAAUUAGAGCUUUUAAGUGACAUUGAUCAAAUGAUGUUUAUUGAAAGUGAUAUAAGAGGAGGUGUAGCACAAUGUUCAAUGAGAUACGCGAAGGCCAAUAACCCGUACAUGAAAGAGAAAUAUAAUCCUAACCUCGAGACGGCUUAUUUGAUGUAUUAUGAUAUUAAUAACCUUUAUGGUGCCUCAAUGUGUGAAUUCUUGCCUUGUAGCGAUUUUUCCUUUGUAGAUGACAUUCAAAAUUUAGAUAUUCUAAACCAUCCUGAUGAUUCAGACGUUGGUUAUAUUGUAGACUGUGAUUUAGAGUAUCCCUUGGAAUGCCACAGAUUACAUUCUGAUUUACCUUUGGCCCCAGAGCAUCUAGUGCCAAAUAACUCAAAAUUAAAGAAACUAAUGCUUACCUUGUACCCAAAGCACAACUACGUAGUUCAUUAUAGAAAUUUAAAGAUGUACGUACAACAUGGAUUAAAGUUGAUAAAAAUAAAUAGAGUAUUACGGUUUAAGCAAUCACCGUGGUUGAAAAAGUAUAUUGAAUUAAACACUCGCAUGAGGCAACAAGCGAAAAAUAUGUUUGAAAUAGAAUUUUACAAAUUAAUGAUUAAUUGCGUCUAUGGUAAACUUAUGGAGAACGUGCGAAAAUACAAAGAUGUGAAACUAUUAACUAAAUGGGAGGGAAGGUAUGGAGCCCGUGCGUAUAUAGCGAAGCCAAACUUUAGCAGUUGUACGAUUUUUGAUAAGGAUAUGGUUAUAAUAGAGAUGGAUAGGUUAGAGAUAUUUUUCAAUAAACCAAUAUACGCGGGAUUUGCCGUUUUAGAUAUAUCGAAAACGUUUCUCUAUGACUUUCAUUAUAACUACAUUCUCAAAAAGUUUAAAGAUAAAACAAAACUUCUAUAUACAGAUACCGAUAGCCUAAUAUACUAUUUUACAGUUCCCAAUAUAUACGAGAAUAUAAAAGAUGAUAUACAUCGAUUUGAUACCUCAAAUUAUGAUAUCAAUAAUGAAUAUGGGAUUCCAUUAGUCAAUAAAAAAAUCCCCGGUCUAAUGAAAGAUGAAAAUCAUGGGCACAUUAUGACCGAAUUUGUAGGCCUUCGUGCUAAGAUGUACGCUUAUGAAGUAGAGGGAAAAUUGACGAAAAAAUCUAAAGGGUCUACAUCGACUAGCAUCAGAGAAAUUACUCUAAAUGAUUACAAGAAUGCUUUGUUUAACGUUCUAAUUAUAAAACGAAGUCAGCAUCUUAUUCGUUCGAAAAAACAUACAGUAUUUACGUUGAAGCAGGAGAAAGUAGUAUUGAGUCCUCACGAUGACAAACGUGUUAUCUGUGCUAAUAACAUUGAUACCCGUCCUUGGGGAUUCAAAUGUCAUUGA